CAUAAACCCCGCUUCCUUCUUGCCCCCUAGGAGUAAGCGUAUCUUAAGAACUGCCUCCCCCCCUUUCAAGACUUCAAGAACAGCAAAUUUGUCAAUUCGUCCUCAUUUCAAUCUCCGCGACAAUGUUUCGUCUCAAGAAGACGCCUGCCAGAGAGCCUCGCCAAGCUUUUGGCUACGACCGUGAUGCCGUCGUCUCACUCGUGAAGGGCCACUACCGCCUGCUCGUGGACAUGGGCCAUCUGCACCCGGAAGCUCUUCAGGCGCCACCCGAGACGGGAUGGACCGAUGAGGAGCUUAACGUCGACGCGCUGCGGACCCUGGGACGCUCCGACAAGGUCAUUGACCUUUUACGACAUCUUCCGUAUCCGAGAGCGGGACCUUCCGGUAGUGACGAAGCGGGCGACGACGCGGUGGUCUACUAUGAGACGAAGGUUCUGUCCUACCUCAGGAACAAGUGGCAGCCCGAAAAGGACCCAGACCCAAAUUGGCAUAAACGGCCGUUUGCCAUGCUUGGGUUAGCGCCUUUUGACAAGCCCUUGCCGCCGCAUAUGGUAUCCUUGACAUAUGACGAAGCAGCCAUCGGAGUGAUUUGGCUCAUCGAUACAGAAAAAGGAUGUGUGUAUCCUCAGGGCGACGAUUACUACCGUUAUGAUGAUGAUGAGGCCGAAGAAGACGCGCCAUGGCUCGCCGCAAAGGCGGUUUCAUUUAAGACCUUCUUCGACAAGAUGAACAAGGACAUCUCAAAUCUGAAGCUGGUCCCAGCACCUGCGGCGGGAAACUUUGGGUCUGCUAUUCGAAAAGUGAAUGACCCGGAUGCCAAGGCAAUGAAGAAGUUGUACCAUGAGUACGGUUGGCCAGACGCCUUCAGGAAAGAUGAGUUUCUCAGGGCUGCCGUGCCUGCUCGCGCGGCCAUCUUGGACGACGAGUACGACUGGUCAGACGCGUAAACGAGGUUCUCUGCUCAAACAGAAAGAGCACCAGUGUAGUUUCUCUACGAUGGAGGUAACGGCAUGGUAGAAUUCAAAUUACAAAGAAGCGAAUAGAUAUUCAUCUUCCGGCGAA